CUGUUGUAUUGAAAAUAAACGCAGCUUAAAGAGGCACAGGCGGUCAUUUUCGGUCGUUUUCCAAAGGCAAACGCAUGUGUAUGGUAUCUGUGGGCAGCGCAGCUGGUAGUUAAAUGACUACCAGGCUGAGUGUGAGACCUUUCCGAUAUUGCAGCUAUGUCCUGUUUAAACUUGUUCCGGCAGCAGUGGCUCAAUAGGCCACAUAAGCUUCUCUUGUUGCCUGCUGGCUGGCUGGCUAGCUAGCUAGCUAACGAGCUAGCGGCUAAAAUAGUUUUAUAUAAAUGGUGGUGGGGGGAGCCACGCACCAAAGCGAAGGUCCAUCGACCGCAGGACGAGAUAUGGAGUAUUUGGGAAUAACGGCGUCCUGGGACGGCCCCGCCCCCCUCGGCUGCACGUCGCCGUCGUCUUUGUCACCUUUGUCACGGGCUCUGCCUUGUUACGAUGAGAGAUGUCCGUCAGGGAUUGAGCAGCCGGACGCCAUGAUGGAAGAGGCAGCAUGUCACCUGCCAAUGCUGUGGAUCCACUAGCUGGCAGCUUGGGCGUGUGAGUGUGUGUGUGUGCGUGCGUGCGUGCGUGUGUGAGUGUGUGGGUGUAUGUGGCUCUGUGGCCGCCCAGGGCAUGCCUGCACAUACACGGACGUAACCUGCCUGCUUCGGUGGGAGCCUGUUUCUCUGAACCGGAAAUCUGGGAAUUGCAGGAACGACGGGAGAAGGAAGAGCCUCCUUUGUAGGAGGGAGGAGAAUAGGAGACGAUUUGUCAAGAAGUUCCUGCUGCUCAUGCAACUGUCGCCGCAGGUUUUUAAAACAUUUUAAAACCACGACUACAUGCGUAUGCAUGUCUGAGAGACCUCCUCUGUCUCAUCCAGUACACCCUCCCUCUGCCUCAGUGGCCCGUUAGUUGUUCCGGCAGCUCUGGUUUGCCUGGCAGCAGCGUAACCGUGGAGAAGCCUGGGUAUCACAAGCUUAUGGAUUUUGAUAAGAGAGGAGGGAAGGGAGAGGCAGAGGAAGGGAAGAGGAUGUCCAAGACAGGCGGGGGCGGGAGCAGGACUGCGCAUGGGGGCCGGAGUGCAGGGGUCAACUCUGGGGUGCUCAUGGUCGGCCCCAACUUUCGUGUGGGGAAAAAGAUCGGCUGCGGCAACUUUGGGGAGCUGCGCUUGGGGAAGAACCUCUACACCAACGAAUAUGUGGCCAUCAAACUGGAACCGAUAAAGUCCAGGGCUCCUCAGCUACAUUUGGAAUAUCGAUUUUACAAACAGCUGGGAAAUUCAGAGGGCAUCCCUCAGGUGUACUACUUUGGCCCAUGUGGAAAGUACAACGCGAUGGUUUUGGAAUUGCUGGGGCCUAGCUUGGAGGACCUGUUUGACCUCUGCGAUCGCACGUUCACCCUCAAGACGGUCCUCAUGAUCGCCAUACAGCUGAUAACACGGAUGGAGUAUGUUCACUCCAAGAGCUUGAUAUACCGGGAUGUCAAACCUGAGAACUUUCUGGUUGGGCGGCCAGGUGGCAAGAGGCAACACACAAUCCACAUCAUAGACUUUGGGUUGGCCAAAGAAUACAUUGACCCUGAGACCAAAAAACACAUCCCUUACCGGGAGCACAAGAGCUUGACGGGCACAGCGCGAUACAUGAGCAUCAACACGCAUCUUGGCAAAGAACAAAGCAGGAGGGAUGACCUGGAAGCGCUUGGUCACAUGUUCAUGUACUUUCUGAGAGGCAGUCUUCCUUGGCAGGGCCUCAAGGCGGACACACUGAAAGAAAGGUAUCAAAAAAUUGGAGAUACCAAGCGAGCCACGCCCGUCGAAGUUCUCUGUGAAAGCUUCCCUGAGGAAAUGGCUACUUAUCUGCGCUACGUAAGGAGGCUGGACUUCUUUGAGAAACCUGAUUACGACUACUUAAGGAAACUCUUCACUGACCUCUUUGACCGGAAUGGCUACAUCUUCGACUAUGAGUAUGACUGGGUUGGAAAGACGCUUCCUACCCCAAUCGGCCCCAUCCCAAGCGACACGCCCCUCCAGCCCAGCGGCAGAGACAAAACACAACAGCAGACCAAAAAUCCGUCGCCCGAACCCAAAGGAAGUGAAUCGCAGCCCACACCAGGGACCAAUAGGGAGAUCUUGGGAUCUCAUCUGACAUCUGAUAGGCUGGGGGGCUCUGUCCAGGUGAUGAGCUCCACCAACGGCGAGCUGAACACUGAUGACCCCACUGCCGGACACUCCAACGCUCCCAUCACAGCGCCGGCCGAGGUGGAGGUGGCCAAUGAGACGAAGUGCUGUUGUUUCUUCAAGAGGAGGAAGAGGAAAGCCCUCCAACGGCACAAGUGAAGAGGGGACAUCAGCGUGAACUUGACACAUUCUCCUUACUGUCUAGUUUUAAACCGGGAGCUAACACACAGGACGUACCCAUCCAUUCUCUGGUCUUUCGAUGAUGCGCCCUGUCUACUGGUGUUAACAGGAACAGAGCUGACCCAGCUAUGCGCUGGGUCGUAAAGCAGACUGUGGUUCCUUAACUGAAAAAAACAAAAAUAUAUAAAUACGUAGGAUAAAAUGUGGGAUUCAAUAAAAAAAAAAAAUAACCAUAACGAUACAAGAAACACCUUGAAGUGAAUAUAAAAAAAACUGCUGUUUGAAACAGCUAUUGUUUCCUAGGUGUAAUGCAGAGCUUGUGAUUUUAUCUGGUUGGAGAGACAUAAGCAGAUCAAGCACAAGACCAUGUGAUCCAUAGAAAUAGUUACUCGUGGGAUCGAAGUCAGAGGCAUUGAAUGAACUAUUUAAGUAGCGACCCCAGCAUCAGUGAGAGCACCAAGAGCAUCGCGUCUGUACCUGCAUCGAGACGUGUGUAAAUUCAUUUUUCUUUUUGUAAUUUAAGUUGUCUGAAGGUCUGCUCUCGUCGUACUUUCAUGCUGUAGCAUUCUGAAAUUACUCUUUCCACCUGUCUGUUUUAACUUUUUUGUUUUAUUUUUUUUUUGGUAAACGUGGAUUUUGUAGCAUGGUCGCUGGCCUUGAGUACUGUGCAAGACAAACUGAUAAUAGUCUCAUACUUUUGGGAAUUCGGAAAAAAGUAAGAGUGAAAUAUCGGGUUUGAAAUGAACGAAUGAAAAAAGAAAUGGAUAAGAACUGUUAUAGGAAGCUUCCUUUACCAGGGACUCUGUACGGUGGCGGAAAUGACGGGGAGGAUCAUGUUCUGUUUAGUUUUAUUUCUCACGUCAGAAUGAUUUACCAGGAAAAAAAAAAACAUAGUUUGUGCCUUUCCGAGUAAAACGUUAAAAGCUGAAGCCUGUCUCCCGCAGUGAGUGAAAUGCGUCUGUGUCUGUCAGUCUGUGUCCCGUCCUGCUGCCUCUCCACGCUCACCUGUAGGCCAUGCUGUCGCCUCUCUGCGAUGUUGAUCUGCCUCUGCUAUGACAAUCAUGGAACGUUCCAGAUGUUGAAUGUUGGCUUCUGGGCUCUGUUUCUGAUCAUGGGAGUUUUGGAGGCCCUUGACAUUUUAUUAUUAUUUUUUUUUUAUGAUUUAAAAUUUGUCUUUUUUUUUUUUUUGUGUUGUAUAGUCUGAAUUUGUUAGUCUAUACAGCAUAUCAAAGCCGUGACUGGAGCUGUGGAUGGUUAAGGUAAAACGCAAAGUUAAACUGAAUUAUUAAUUUAAACUAAAGCAGUGUUUCCCAAUCUGGUCCUCAGGGCCCCCCAGAUGGUCCAUGUUUUUGCUCCCUUCCAGAUGGUCCAUGUUUUUGCUCCCUCUCAGCUCCCUGCCACAUGAUCCAUGUUUUUGCUCCCUCCCAGCUCCUGGUAGACAGGAGACACCCUGCACACAAUCCCGGUAGCAAGCUGGGAGGGAGCAAAGCCAUGUCUGCCUGGGGGGUCCCGAAGGACUGGUUUAAAUGCUGAACUAAAGGGACUCUGUGUUUGAAAUUAUUUGUGAUGUUGCAAAUACAAUGUGAUGCUUGGGGUUUUUGCUUGUCUAGCCUAUGCCGUUUUCCCUGUAGAGCACAUGGGUGGUGAUGAUGAAGCUGUUGGCUUUCCUGUCCCUCACUCAUACGUCUGUGUGUCUCCUUCACCACUAUGGAUAUAUGCAAGGGUUUCUGGGUAGGAAGUCGGCUAUUCAUUUAUUCCAAGAAACUUUUUUUUUGACAUCAAAUACUGGCAAUAUUUGCAACCCAACACUUCACCCAAGAUCAGCUACGUUGUGCGCCCCCUACUGGACAGUGGUGGUGUUUGAAUAUUGACAUAGUGUAAAGCUCCUGAAUACAAUGUAAUAAACUUACUUGUGCUUUUAGAAGUGCUUUGAGGAAGCUUGGUGUUGUGGCCAGUAUUAUCGCAAUAGUUGUUCGGAUCCCUGAUUAUUUCAUGCAGUGUACAGUGAGACCAUCCCAUCCUCUUAGCAGUGUUCAAGAUUGCGCUGUAUGCCCUGCCUUUGCCAUCGGUUCACAUGUUUUACCAGCUGCUAUUUCCCAUUGUACUUUUAAUUUGGAGCCAGUUUCCAUCUGUGUCUUAAACCGCAAUCUAGCCAACAGAACACUGUGAUUCCAGUGAACUUGACUGAGCAGUUUGGUGUUGUGACCAAGCACCUACAAUAUGUCCAAAUCUCGUAAGAACAGCAUCCAUCUGGAAUUAAUCACUUCUCAAAGAAAUAGUAGUUGGUAUUUCUGGUGUAGUUAACUGUUUAUUAAAGUUAAUAGCCCAA